AUCUGGGUUGUUUCACACUGACUGGAUACUUCUCUGUCAUGUUCCUUAGACCCACCCAAGUGAAGUGGCAGCUGAUGGUGGCAAGCUGCUACAGAAGAAUCGGAAACUACCAGAAAGCUCUUGAAACCUAUCAAAGCAUCAACCGCAAGUUUCCAGACAAUGUCGAAUGCCUGCAUUUCCUGGUGAGGUUGUGCACUGAUAUGGGCCUGAAGGAGGUCCAAGAUUAUGCGAUCAAGCUGAAGAAGGUGGAGAAGGCGAAGGAAAUCAGAGAGCAGAGGGUGAGGUCGGGGCGGGAGAGCAGCUCCAGGGGUCGCAGAGGAAGCAGAGAAGGCAGCGCUGGCGUCUCCACUCCUGUCCUCACCUCUCCUAUGAAGUCCAGCAUCACGGAGGAUGUUAAAGCAGUGUCUCAGCCAGAAUCCAAACUGAUCAGUCCACUGUUGGACUCUGGGAGAGACAGCAGCAACAGCUCCAGAGGAGAGCGCCGCAGUGGCAAAAACAUUUCACUUCCUGCUUCCAAUGAGCCUUAUGAGAGCAGCAGCCCGAAGGAACUUGAUGCGGAUUAUGUGGACCCUCUGGGACCUCCAACGGAGAGACCAAAAACAGGAGCAAAGAGAGUCGUGGAAGACAAUGAAUUUGCUGAUGAAGAUCUUGGAGACGACCUUCUACCAGAGUAGAUCUGUUCUCUACCAAACGUUUUCUGUCAAAUCCAGCUUGUCUGAGUCUCUUUGGGUGAAGACAACAGUUUAUAUGUCUAGAAAUGUAUACAUUCAAGUGUUUUUUUAGACCUGAUGUUGUAUAACUAAAUUAUACUAUAAAAAUAAAAGGAAAGCUAAACUCUUAUUUUUUAAAUAAAGUGCAAUCUUGCAUUAAAAACAGUCUUUACUGCUAUUUAGACAGGUUAUUCUGUCUUCAAUUGUAUCUUCGUUUCUGUUUUUUUAUUAAUAUUUUUUUAAUAAACGAAUAUUUGAAUUCA